AUGGAGAACAUGCUGGGUUAUACCUCGAUGCCAGUACCCGUCCUUGUAUCGCUGGCUUUAGGCCUCGCGUUUCUCCUACUUCAAAGCUUCAGAUACAAGGACCCGGCCCUGAAUCCAAAGAAGCCCUUCGAGCUCACGUCUACUAGAGUAAAGCAAGAAUACUUCUCCAAUGCGCGAAGACUGCUAUGGGAUUGGUUUACAACUCAUUCAAAUACGCCAGUGCUCUUGCAUACCGACACUGGGAAAGUGACAAUUCUCCCUCCGAGUAUGGCGAAUGAGAUCAGGAAUGACGACCGCCUGAGCUUCUCUCGCUGGACAUUCGAAGCAUUUCAUGGCAAUCUACCUGGAUUUGACGGAUUCCGCGAAGGUAGUCAAGACUCGGGGAUUGUCCAGGCUGUUAUCGGAAACGACUUGACAAAAUACCCGAACAAGGUCACCGAGCCCCUUGCCAACGAGACAUCUGUCGCCGUCCGUGAACUGUUGACAGAUAAUGAAGGUAGACAAUCUCAUACUUUCCAAUUCGACGAUAGGAAUGCUAAUUUGAGAACUGUGAUGGUGGCUCUUAUUUCCCGCAUUUCCUCCCGUGUCUUCCUUGGGGAAAAGUUGUGCCGGAAUGAAGAAUGGCUGCGAGUCACUCAAGACUAUACUACUGAUGGAUUCUUAGCGGCGGAAGAGCUUCGCAUGUGGCCUGCAGCUAUUCGACCCAUCGUACACUGGUUCUUGCCCCGAUGCCGUAAGCUUAGGGCCCAGGUGAAAGUAGCUAGGAAAGUCAUGGGACCAAUACUAGAGGAGAGGCGUCAAUUUAAGAAACACCUUCAUGCAGAGGGUAAACAAUCACAAGGGUUCGAUGAUGCUAUCGAAUGGUUUGAGAAGGCCGCCAAAGGUCGUCCCUAUGACCCUGUCAGCGCGCAGCUUAUCCUUUCCGUGGCGGCCAUCCACACAACUUCCGACCUGACAUCUCAGACAAUGACCCAUCUCGUGCAAAAUCCGGAGAUUUUGGAGCCUUUACGCAAGGAAAUUGUUGACACUCUCCAACAGCAUGGUUGGAAAAAGACCGCUCUGUAUAACAUGAAACUGCUGGAUAGUGUUAUCCGGGAGAGCCAAAGGCUGAAACCAAUCAACAACGCCUCAAUGCGCCGGGUAGCUCUCAAGGAAGUGAAGCUCUCCGACGGGACGGUCAUCCCCAAGAAUGGCAUGCUUGCGGUAUCGGCCCACAAGCUCUGGGAUGAUGACACCUACGAAAAUGCAGCUGCCUGGGACGGGUACCGGUUCUACAAGAUGCGCGAAGACCCUGAGCGACAGACCAAGGCGCAGCUGGUCACAACGGCUCCGGAAAAUUUGGCUUUUGGACAUGGCAAACAUGCUUGUCCGGGACGCUUCUUCGCCGCCAAUGAGGUUAAGAUUGCCUUGAUCUAUCUCCUACUGCGGUACGACUGGAAGCUAUUGGAAGGGACGGUACCAAAGAUUCGCUAUGGUGGGUUUAGUAUGGCAGUUGACCCGAGUCUGAAAAUGGAGGUUAAAAGGCGUCGAGAGGAGAUGGGAAUAUAA